GGUUCAAUGGCUGUGCAAGCGUGGCCUUUAAGUCAUUAAUUAAAGUGUAUAAAACACUUAUCUAUGAUAUCUUGUUUAGUAACAGCCGAUCUUACAAGGCAUCCACGUCUUGUGGCCAAAGUUAGGCGGAGAUUGACUUGCUAAUACUUUGGAGUUCGAAAUAGCUAUGGGAAAGAAGGUGCUGCCAUUGCACAGAUGUGAAACAUGUGGAUUUUCUUCCAAAAACUUUUAUAUUUUCAAACGACACAAAAAUAGGUGUGACAAGAAAAUCUAUAGAACUGUAGAUCCACUACCAACUACAAAUUCAUCAGUUCUUCAGCAAGUGAAUGAUCCGGCUGGAUUGCCACUUCCACCACCUCUUGUAAACCGAAACUACCGCUGUAUUGAAUGUGGCUUCACUACAAACAAGUCGAAAAUAUUUCUCAAUCACAAUAUUGAUAGCCAUGGAGCCAAAUUCUCAGUUUUUGAAUGUACCUUCUGUGAAUAUGCAUCACGGUGGAAACACAAGCUAGAUCGUCAUGUGAAGUAUGCACACAAACAGUUCAUUCCUGAAGAGGAAAUACAGGUCCAGGAAGAUGGUGACCUGGUGAAAGAUGAAUCUAUGCCAUCUGUGUCAGGCGAUGGUCAGACUGUAGAGCCUUUGAUAGAGGAACAGAUGGAAUCACGGCCUGUUUCGAAAAUCUUUCAUAGAGGCUUUCCCCGAAUUUCAUUCAAAACUUCGAAAGGUAGUAAACUGAUAGCAACAAAAAAGCCGCAUAUGUUGGGUGGAUUUAAGGCAAAAACAUCCGUGAAAAAAGUGCCAGCCUUUUACAUCCAAGUAGUCGCAGGGGCUGAUGGAGAGACGGUCUACAAAUGCAAGUUAUGUCUGUAUUCUGCAAGUAAGAAAAAACAAACUUUUAAACAUGUCACUGCUUGUCACGUGAAUGCCAGCUUCUUCAAGUGCAGCAAAUGUGAUUUCACCACAGACAAACGUGUUGAGUUUUACACUCACAAGAUUUCUCAUGCCAGCAUGAGUUCAGGGGAGGUCUACAAGUGUGAGGAAUGCUCCUACUCGACUUACGUCAAAAAAAACCUCGACUGUCACCGAGAAAAACACGGCAGUGAUAAUCCACACAAGUGCAGCAUGUGCAGCUAUGCUACUGGGCACGAGGCUGCCCUCAAGCGCCAUGUUGUGAAUCACCAUCAGAACAGUGCCAGAAAUGAGUCCCUUGUCCUUGGUCAUACUAGUUCUGCCGAUGACAGUUUUGUUCCCAUGGAAACGGUGCCAUCAGAAAGUGUGCAGGAAGAGCCAAUGGUUAUUGAUGACACAGAGACAGUGUCGUCUUCUGUAGUGAAAUCAGACAAAAUGACCUGUCCUCUUUGUGGUUUGUCAUUCGGACGUCCCGCUGAUCUUGGGAAGCAUGUGAUUGCGAGACACAACAUGAGGCUUCAUGAAAUGAGACAGCUGUAUCAGGAAGGGACUCUCUUGAGGACCGAUCCUGUUAGCACUGCUUCUCUGAAACCCAAGAAGAUUGGGCUGGGUAAAGACAAGAUGAAGUGCACUUUCUGCUCCUAUACAACAAAAUGGCCGUCGGACUACAGGAGACAUAUUGCCGUUCAUUCAGUUGAGAAACGAUACAAAUGUCCUCUCUGCAUGAAAAAGUAUAAGUAUCUAGGUGAUGUCAAUGUACAUGUGAGACGAGAUCAUAAUUGUGAGCCCUCUGGCAUUCAUGUGCAAAAAAUUGCUAUGGUACCCAACAAGAAGUCAUCACCAGCCUUGUUCAGAUGUCCAGCAUGCCCAUACAUAACGAAAACAAAAAUGGAAAUGGAGAAGCAUUCAUCAACUCAUAAUAAAGAAGACAAGACUUUCCAGUGCAAACAAUGUGACUAUCAAACAUACUGGCGUGGAGACAUUGGCCGUCACCUAUAUAGACAUCAUGGCGAUCUUCUACCCAAGGAGAAAACAGAGGUGGACUUGAAGGAGUUCAUGAUCAUCCGACCGGAAAGGCUUGCAUUCAAGAGAAAGCCUAAAGCUGUACGACUGUCUGAAAUGGAAGGCUUUAAUCCUGAGGUCAGUUCAUUGGAAACCGUGUCAUGUGAACCAGCACUAGAUGAUACAUCGGACAGCUUGAGCACCACCUCCAGCCAUUCUCCGAAAAAAGAGGCUGCCUUUUUGGGCCCAGUCAAAUGUGAUCACUGUCCUUUUGUGACUAAUGCAGCUUCCAAACUGAAAGCUCAUGUUGCAACACACUUCAACCUGAAGCAGUUUAAAUGUCCAAUCUGUGGACGCAGGUCUAACUGGAAAUGGGACAUGCGAAAGCACUUAAAGCGUGAGCACCCUGAAGUUACUCGAGAUGUAAUAACUCUGUCGGUUGAAGAAGCAAAAAGGUCAAUUGGAGAGUAUCUAGAAACCCAGCCAAAUAUCCGCAGAGAACACCAUUUCAAUGUUAGAUUAGAUAAUGCACUAUCGGGUGAUGGUCAGAAGAAAGUUAAAAAGCCUUUUCAGUGCAGUCUGUGUAAGUUCCGUUCUGAUUUUAGAUGGAGCGUCAGCAAACACCUUCGCACUAUCCAUCCUGGCAAGGCUGGCAACAUUGUUGUAUUGACCAAUGCUGCCAACUCCAUUCUUGCUACAAGCAAGAUAGACAGUUUUCAGACACCUACAAAAUCAGAGCCACCUACUCCAACUGAGAGUCCUUCUUCACUAGACAAACAUCAUCAUCUCCGUGCACCCAGCGUCAAAAAUACAUUUAGACAACCAGUGCCUUCUGGUGAUGCAAAUAUGGAACGACCUUUCAUGUGUCCCGAAUGUGGAAAACGAUGUACGACGAAAGGUGAUGUUAAAAAACAUUACCAUUAUGCCCAUCCCAGCUUGGAGGUUAAGGUGAUAUAUGUUCCUGAUGGAACGGAGUUUCUGUACACAAGUAAUUUCACCGUACCAAAUUCUCCUUCUCCCAGAUCAGAGGGUAGAAAACGUCACAAUGACAUUCAAACAAUAAAAGCUAAAAGCCCUAACAAAGGAAAAGAUAGUCUUGAGGGGUCAAAAUUCAGUAAUCCCAAGCUUCAUGGUUAUGUAAAACCAUUUAAAUGUUCCGUUUGCCAUCAUCGCUCCAACUGGAAGUGGGAUCUAAAGAAGCACCUUCGAGAAAGACAUCCCAAUUCAUGCGGAUACAUCAUCCUCAUGGACAUUGCUGAAGCUAAGGAUACCUAUGCUGAAGAGUGUAGAAUCACAGAUCGCACCAAUCUGACAUUGAAAAAGUCUGUAGUGCCUUCACCAAAAUCAGUAACCGUGACGAGCAAUCCUGAAGAUCCUCCAACUGAAUACCUUCCUUUUAACAUGACCCAGGACAUGAGUCGCUGCCGCAGAUUCAAGUGUUCUGCCUGCGCCUACAGGUCAAACUGGCGCACAGAUCUUCUUCGCCAUCUAAAGCGAAAGCACAGCUUGGCAAAAACUAAAGUUGUUUUGCUGAAUGAAGAGUUUGCUAGAAGUACCCUAUCACAGUACAAGUACAUAAGAAAUUCUAGAGAUCCAUUUGCAAAUAAGGACAUGAACCAGAAGCGAAUAAAUUCUGGAUCAUCGGGUACACUUGCCAUAGAUGAGAAAAUAUGGAGAUGUUCAAGGUGUUCAUUUCAGGCCACGUUCAGGUCUCAUAUUAUUAAGCAUAUGCAGAAACAUGGCAUGAAACCUUUUCAGUGUCGCAUUUGUGAAUUUUGUAGUAAUUUCAGAACAAAUCUGCACAGACAUGUCAGUAAACUGCAUGGUAAAAGUGACUGCAAACCAUUCAUCAAAGUCCGCAUCAAAUACAGCAGUGGAUUUAAUUCUGACUUGCCAGAAGAAAAUACAGCUGUUGUUACCUGUCCCCCUGAAAAAGCUACUGUCAUGUCUGAGCAAUACAUUGAUGUCUUCUUGUGUCGUAAGUGCAACCUGCAGUUCUCAUCUGCCUUGCUUUGUCAUCGACAUCUGCGAGAGACGCAUGGCUGUGAUGACAAAACCCAGUGCAUGAAGUUCCGCAAGAGACAGAGAGUGAAAGUGCCAGAAGGAGAGCAGUACGUGUUGAGUACAGAGUCUGGAUGUCAGGCUCCUGGAUUUGAUAGGAAGAAGAACUACAUGUGUACCCUGUGUCCAUAUACAGCCAACAAGCGAGGGCUCCUCAACUUCCACAUGACGUACCACAAGCCCCAGCCUUUCAACAAGUACAAAUGCAAGCACUGUCCUUACUACGUGAGCCGCCCUCGGCUCCUGCAGCAACACACGCGUCUUCAUACCAUGAAGCUAGCCUGGGAGAACAAGCAGAUUACACCCCAGAGUAGUCCAACUAAAAAUACUGUCUCUGCAGGAAUCGGUGUUACCCAUACAACUCCUAAGAAACAUGCCUGUGAGAAAUGUCCAUAUUCCACAAAUAGCAAAAACGAUAUGCUUUAUCACAGACAGUUCCACCGCCCCAAGCCAAGUGCCGAGUUCAAAUGUGAUCACUGCGACUACUGGGUGACUCACCGCCGACUCUUGAAGCAGCACGAGAAGUGUCACAAGAGCGCCCAGAUGACAUCACCAGUCCAAUCUUCACCGUGCAAGUCGGAGAUGUCGGAGAAUAGUGCAGUGCUCGACACUGUCGAGAUCGCGGCCUGGAAGCAGCAGUUCAUCUGUUCCAAAAUAACCGCCAGUCUGUCCACUGAUCCGACCUGCUCCCCAACAAAGCUAGCAGCUCAGUGCUCGAUGGGCUUCCGGCCUGGAUACAUUGUAAAGAACGGAAACUACCGCAAGCUGCACAACUGUCGAAGCUGCCCGUACAUGAACAUCCGCGCACGAAAUCUCCGUCUUCAUGAGAUGAUGCACGGAAAACGGCCGUCCAAACACCCUUUGCUGAAAUGUCCCGAUUGCGAUUACUACGUUGGAGCACGCGGCCUUCUUGCCCACCACAUGAAAGUGCAUCAGCCAUCCUACGUUCAAGAUUUUAAUGACAGCAUGGCCAUGCAGAUGGGCAAACAGGAGAGUCAGCAGUGGGGGGAGGAGGAGGCGGCUUCCGACUCUGGGGAAAUCAACCCACAGCACAAGGUGGACACUCUGCUCGAGAUCGUUCGCUUCAAGAAGUACUGCUGUGAGAAGUGUCCGUAUGCCAGUGCCAAGCGGAAUCACUUCCAGAGGCACGUGGAGCUGCACGGUAGUCGGCAGCGCUUCACCUGCGACUUCUGCGACUACAGCGUCCCGUCCAAGAACCUGCUGGCACAGCACCGCAAGCUGCACCUGAUGCCCAAUCAAAACCUGCUGACCAUCCAGUCACUGUCCAACCUGCAGUACCUUACUGAGGUCCCAGCUGAUGUGGCUCUAGCCAGCGCAUUGCCUGCAGUUGACGACAAGAAACCCGUCACAAUCAGUGUCACUCACGACCAUCUCGAACUGUACGAAAACAUUCCCGAGUCAGAACUCGAACCCAAGAAAUUGUACAGGUGUGACCGAUGUCCAUACGCCAAUGUGAAGCGUGACCACCUGCUGACUCACCUCAAGUUCCACAUGAUCCGCAGUGAGAUUUCCUGCCCGUACUGCGACUACUCCGUGCCCAACCACCAGUUCCUCACCCAGCACAUCCGCGUCCACUUCUGUCCUCUCCCAGAGUUCUCCGAAUGGCUCACUCAGAACGGGCAGACAGAUCGCAUUCAGAAGGAGGAGCAGCUCGACAUCUCGGAGGCGCUGGAGGUGGCCAAGAAGUGUCAGAAAGGGGCCGGGGUCAGUGGGGGCAGCUCGCUCAACAACGGGGCUGCGGAAGAUAAACUGUCUGAAGGUAUCGAUGUAACCAUGGCCAACAAGACCGCUGGGGCGACAGUCAAGGAAGUGAAAUGUGAACUGGGUGUUUCAAGAGAGACGUUAACAGAGGAAGAUUCUGUAAAGCGGAGUGAGCGGCCUGCCGAGCAGAGUACGAGCCAGUGUUGUGUGACAAAGGAGCAGGAUGCUAGUGAGACUCGCGGUGUGUCGCAGGGCGAUGGCGACACUCGCGGUGUGUCACAGGGCGAUGGCGACACUCGUGGAGUAUCGCUGGAUGAGGUGUUCGCCUGUCAGUACUGCGACCGGGAGAUCGUGUCCUCCGAGCGGCUCCUCCGCCACGAGAUGCAGCAUCUCAUUGGAAACCACUACGAGGUUUCUGAGAACACUGCACAGAAAUCUACAAAAGCAAAAUCUGAUAAAGUAGCUGAUUCAGAUGACAACACUGAGAACACAUCGUGCUAUAGUGAAGGGAAGGAUCUUUCUGACGCAGGCAUCAACACGGAGGGUUCUGUUACGCAGCAUGAAGAUGAAACAUGUGACAGGGAGAAACUCGAAGAACUCCCGAAUACAAGCCCUGGUACAGAAGACAUGUCUGUGGAGGAGGGUGUUUCUGUUGACGCUGACCCAGGUGUUGCUAGUGCCAAUACUGAUGCUGAUGCUGAUGCUGAUGCUGAUUAUGAUGAUGUUACAGAUAUGGAUGUCGAUGGUUCCCAAUAGUCAGUUAUGAGAUGUGUAUUGUUAGCAAUAUGAUUUCCAAAUGUCAGUUGAUGCAACAGAGUGUGAUAACCUGGGCCCGUGCUUAUAAAACUUAAAGUCUAGACUUAGUCCAGACUUUAACAUAAUGCUAUUUGAAUCGCGUUGCCAUGACGUUAAAGUCUGGACUUUAUGGUUUAUAAGCACAGGGCCAGAACUAGGACUGCAUUAUUAGCAGCACUCUUUUCGAAGUGUUAGCUUAUAACAAUUUUUAGUUAUCGUUGUCGUUAUAUUUAUGCACAGUCAAAAAAAAAGAAUAAAAUUAGAAAGAAAUUUUGAUAAAUUAUAAGAUGAAUUAUUUUUAUGUCGGAUGAAAUGAUCAGUUAAUUAUGACAGACAAAUGUAAAAUGUUUUGUACAUGUAUAUUGAAUUUUUCAGUGUUUUUUUUUGGUGUAAUUCCUGUUUGAAAAAGAAUGGCAAUGCAUCGUUAUUUCUUGAAUUUGAUGCUCAUUGAUGUUUGUGAAUCUUACAAUUCAAUGCAUUUGAAAUGAAUAGAAUAGUAAAAAUGUUGUUGACUUUCAAGAUCAAAUGAAAUGAAGUUAGUAUCUACACCAUCUUUAUGAUGCGGUUAUAGACUUUAAUUAAAACUAACAAUCUACAAGUAUCAUGUGAAGUAUCUUUUUAUAUAUGAUGGUUUCUUGUGAAAGGUUCUGAAUAAUCUAGACAAACUAAGUCAGCACGGUAACUUAGAUCUGUGGGAAUUAUAUUGUCAUUCUGGGCUUAAACUAUAAAGUUAAAGUUUAUUUUGUUUAACAUAUAUAAUACUGUACAGCAGAUGAAAGAAAGUUAAUGUCUGUUUUGUUUAACAUAUAUAAUACUGUACAGCAGAUGAAAGAAAGUUAAUGUCUGUUUUGUUUAACAUAUAUAAUACUGUACAGCAGAUGAAAGAAAGUUAAAGUUUAUUUUGUUUAACAUAUAUAAUACUGUACAGCAGAUGAAAGAAAGUUAAUGUCUGUUUUGUUUAACAUAUAUAAUACUGUACAGCAGAUGAAAGAAAGUUAAUGUCUGUUUUGUUUAACAUAUAUAAUACUGUACAGCAGAUGAAAGAAAGUUAAUGUCUGUUUUGUUUAACGCCACCACUAGAGCACAUUGAUUAAUUAAUCAUUGGCUAUUGGAUGUCAAACAUUUGGUAAUUAUGACUUGUAGUCAUCAGAGGAAACCUCUACAUCUUUCUAUUAUCAGUAAGGGUCUUUUAUAUGCACUUUUCCACAGACAAGAAAGCACAUUUUACAGCCUGGUGCACUGGUUGGAACAAGAAAAAACCCAAUUAGUUGAAUGGAUCCACCGAGGUGAUUCGAUCCAGCGACACAGGCACCUCAGGCGACUGCUUAACCGACUGAGCUAAAUCCUGCCCCUUAAACUAUAAAUACAUGUACUAUUCUGUACGUAGAUAAAAGCUUCAGCUAUUUGCUUUUCAUAACUAUGGUAAAAGCUAUAUUACAGUUCUUCUUAGCCAAUGAAACUUCAAUUAAUAUGAAAAAUGAUAUGGGGUUGCAUUUCUUUCAAGGUGAAUUACUUAAGAUGAUCAUUACAGUUCAAGAAAGUCGUACUGCAAAUUGAGAACAUUGCAGAUCUUACCGCACAAUAUGGCAAAAAAAGCAAUAUGAAAAUGAUUUGAGAAAUCAGUUUAUGUAUGAAUAUGUGAUAUUAAGUUCCUAUGUGACUGUCUACAUUAUGCAUAUGUGUUUUUGUUUGUAAGACCAGUAGUACUAAGAGAUGAUGAGCUGAAUUUACAAAGCCUGUAUAUGUUUUACACGUGUAACUACAUACAUUUACAUUUACAAUGCUUAAAAACCUGCGUAGAAGAACAAAAAACCUUGGGUUCAAGACUGAAAUUAGAGUGUAAGUGUUUUAUUAUUAGGUAGGCCUAACUUGUCGGUUACAAGAACUAUAUUCACAAGAACUAUAUUCACGUACCGAACAAUCGGUUACCUAAGUAAAACUCAUGUGAACGGCCUUCCAGUUACCUAAAAUUUUGAAAUAUUGUCCCCUGAACUGGUGGCUAAUUUGUUAUUGUUUCACAAGCAGUACUCAUCCUAUGAUAUUACCAAAUGAUAUUUGUGUGCAAUGUUAUCGUCAUGACCUACAUGUAUAUUAUAAUGGCUUUUUAAAUAGUUUUUUUUUAUCUUCUUUUUUUUUUUACUUGGUUUGGAUGUGUUAUUGUAAUGCAAGCAGUACAUUUUUCACACGACUAACACAUGGGUGAUAAUUGUGGAGGAAAUAGUUAAAACAACAAACAUGUUGUAAUGACAGAGUGACCAUCAGGCACGGCAGAAGCAAAUAGACAUUGGGGUGUGUGGGGGAGGCGGACUGAGAUCGAGGGCAUAAAGUAAAGCUUCUAGGGGUUUCAGGAGUAUGCUCCACUGAACAAUUUUGAAAACUGGAUGUCCUGAAAUGCAAUUUCCUGCAUUCUACAAGUAUAAUUAAUCUCUGCCGUUAGAAAGGAAAUGUUUUAUUUAAUGACUCACUCCACACAUUUUAUUGACUGCAGUGAAGACAAAUGUUUUAAAAUUGUAGAAGUGUUUGUGUUUGCCAUUAGCAAAUGAUCUUGUUACAUACUGUAAUAUAAUGACCAAUGAUGACAACUAGCAGUCACUUGUAAUAGGCGUAUUUUCCAAAUUGCUGUUAAAAGUGUGUAUAUUACUUGUGUUAUAAAAGGUAUGAGAUUUAUUUAUUUUUUGCGGAAAGAUAUAUCUCCCAAUUUGCUGCAUCAUAUAAUCUCAACAUAUUAAAUUUAUACCCUGAAAGUUCUUGCAUUCUAAUGUUACUUUUGCCAUUGAUGAUGGAGUACAAGUAGUGUGCUCUUUUAAUACUUGGAUGAAGCUGUCUGCUGAGUACUGGAAUUGUAGCACUACUAAAUUGCGUCUGUACAUGGGUUUUGAGCUAUUGUCUUCAUCUCACAUUAGCUUUUACCUUAGUUUGACACCCAAUAGCAGGGUUUCUGCCAGAGGGUAAAAUGGGUAUGGCACCAUACCUAAAGUUUUUGGCAGAUUAAAAAAAAAAUUAAGUUGAGCUUUUUGACAAAAUUCAUUACUGUUCGAUUUUCUUAACACUAACACUAAACCUAACCCAUUUUCUUUCUGUGGGAGGUCCCCCAUACCCCCUAUCGACUGCAGCUGCAUUCGGCACACACAUUGUAAAUAUUCAGUUUUAUAGUGCCAUACCCAAAAAAAAACAUUUCUGGCAGAAACACUGAAUAGCCAAAGGAAUUUUUUUGUGCUGGGGUGUCAUUAAAUAUUUAUUCAUUAUUCAUUAUUAUUAUUAUUAUUAUUAUUAUUAUUCUUACAUCACUGUUAAAAUUUUGUAAUUUUCUGUUUUGGCCGUCUUUAAAACAUUGAUGUUGAAUUUCAGCCUCAAAAUGUGCACGUCACUUCUUAUAAGCAGUUGGUGUCAAGUUUCACAAUAUUUAUAAUUUUUCAUCAAACUUUACACUUAGUUUGUGUAACUAAUUGGAUGUAAGCAGGAUGAUGACUAUUUCAUUGCAAACUCCACGGUUGUGCUGUUGUGGUUUGCAACUAUUAUAUGACAUACAUUAUCAGUAUUCUUUUAAUGCUAUGUUUGUCAGUGGUUAUUUAUUAAAGAGAGUGUCUUUGAAUUUGUCGAUAUUGUCGAGAUGUUUUCCCACUAUAGACUGGAUGUGGCACAUGCGUGUGGUCCGGCUAAGAACAAAUCAAAAUACACUAGUUGCUAGACUGGACGAGUGCGAAUGCAAAGCGCAUGCUGUCAGCCACAAUAAAAUAAUCAUGCGUGGUGCACAUAACCAAAAUGCAAGUCGCAGAUGCAACAAUCGAAACUGCACACACACGUUACACAUCCAGUCUUUAUGAUCCUUUACAGAGUCCUUUUAACAAUUAAAUUACUUUUCAAAUACAUUUUCUUCUUUAGAAUAUCAGUGUGCAUGUAAUCGGUGCAUUCAGAUCGUCAUAAUGUUUGUAUUGGCUGAAACUUGAUUGUAUCUCACAAUAUAUAUGCUUUUGGUUUGUAAACAAAUUACUGAGUGUCAUUAAAAAGGCUACAGUAUUCCAUCUUUUUAUUCCUACUUCCUUUCACACUCGCCCUCAAAAGUUUAAGCGAGGCAAAUCAGUCACCUUGCAAUAAACAUUUUAAUAAACUUAUUUAAAACUUAAUUGAAUUGCCAUUUCAGGAGUGAUCUUCAGUUCGCCUUAACUAAGCUGUUAUUCGAAAACGUGUUACCAUGGUAAUAACUUAAAACAGUAUUCCUUUUACAGUGACUAUGCAUUAUGCCAUAUUAGCAUUCAGUAUUUCAGUGUCCCUUCAGCUGCAAUAUCAUUGUAUAUUCUGUAACAAAAUGCAUACAUUAUAGUUCAUUAUUUACUAUUAUAGUUCAUUUAACUACAGAUAAUAUACUAUGACUGUGGAAUUUUCCAGAUACGUUUUAAAAUUCUUUUUCUAAUUUUGUGGGAAGUUCUUCAUGCAAAAUGAAAACAUAUCUCUUGCUAUAUUGGUGCUUCUGCAAAAAAAUUCAGGAAUGGAAAUUGCUGACUUAUUUAUAAAGGAUGGGUUUUUGGAUGACUAGUUUUAUUCCAGUUGGCCAAUAUGAGAUAUGGUAUCUUUUCAUUCUUCAUCUUGCCUAAACAACUUGUCAUAUUAUUUCAGUGCUUUGUUUAUGAUGUAUGCCAUAAUAAUUAUGCAAGAUUAUAAACUUUUCAUGAGUUAACUUUACGAUAUAUUUCAAUAAACAUCUAAAAUUA